ACCUCAGAAACGGGACUACCGUCAGUUCUGAGCAAAAUUCUCCCCGAGGCAAUGAUAGCUUUCUUGGAGAAUCAUCCUCCCGAGAAGUUUGCUGAAAUCUUUCUGGGAAAUUUCGACACACCUGAAGCUAUUUGGAAUCAGGAGAUGCGGCGUUUCAUGAUAUCACGACUAGCCGCGCAUCUUGCCGAUUUUACUCCCCGAUUGAAGAGUAACGUGCGCUCCAUCUACCAUCACAUUGGCAUUCCACGAAUUGUCUAUGAACAACUGGAGGGCGAACUCUUCUGCAAUCGUUACUACCUUCGGCAUUUCUGCGACACUGCACGAUUUCCAGAUUGGCCAGUUAAAGAUCCAAUAGCCUUGCUACGCGACAUUUUGGCGUUUUGGCGUGUGGAGACGGAGAAGAAGCCCUCAAGGAUCACCUAUGAGGAUUCGUUGCGGGAAUUGGGUUUGGAGGCCAGUCAAUUGAACGAGUGA